UAGUCAGCAAGGCGGCUAGUUUGGUGGCGGGUAGAGAGAGAAACCAGUGCAGGUGUUGAAGCGGUAGAGAGAGAAACACAUCUACAAAAAUGGGGGAGAUCGGACAGAGACACGUAUAGAUUAUAGUAGAGUGAGAAACCUGUACAGAUGUUGACCUGGUAGAGGGAGAAACACCAGUACAAACGUGGAAGAUGGUAGAGAGAGAGGAGCUUAUGAACAUAUAAAUACCCAAGAUAACCAUCUGUCACCGGUUUCAGAAUUCAGAGUUAAGACAAAGGCGGGAGGAUCAGAGGACAUUAUCAGUUUCUCUCUCUACCGGGCCUGAAGAGAAGUUUUGAAGGAAUUCAUUAGUGACAGGGUUCUUUAUUUUAGUAGGCUAAGGCCAUGGGAUCUAGUGAAUCGUCACAAGUCAUUAAGAGUGAUUCUUUCUCAGAAACUAGUUCCUUGAAAAGCGAUUCGUUUACAGAUAGAGUCGAGUCUGAAAGCACUCUAGAAAGUGGCUGCCUGUCCAUUGUUGUUCUUGGAGCUUCAGGGGACCUUGCCAAGAAAAAGACAUUUCCUGCUCUUUUCCACCUUUUCCAACAGGGCUUCUUGCCACCAAAUGAAGUGUACAUAUUUGGAUAUGCACGGACAAAGCUCUCAGAUGAUGGCUUGAGAGAUCGCAUACGUGGGCAUCUAGGAAAAGGAAACGAAGCUUCAUCUGAGUUUUCGGAAGCUGUUUCAAAGUUCUUGCAAUUGAUCAAGUAUGUAUCUGGCUCCUAUGAUAGUGAUGAGGGCUUUAAAUUAUUGGACAAAGAAAUAUCUCUUCAUGAACAAUCCAAAAAUAGUCAUGAAGGGUCUUCUCGAAGGCUCUUUUAUCUUGCAUUGCCUCCAUCCGUGUAUCCUUCUGUAUGCAAAAUGAUCAGAAAACACUGUAUGAACCAAUCUGAUCUUGGUGGAUGGACUCGGAUUGUUGUUGAAAAGCCCUUCGGAAAGGAUUUGAGCUCUGCCGAAGAGUUGAGUGCACAACUGGGAGAGCUCUUUAAUGAACAACAGAUUUAUCGUAUUGAUCACUACCUUGGAAAGGAGUUAGUGCAAAACCUGUUAGUGCUUCGUUUUGCAAAUCGCUUAUUUUUACCCCUAUGGAACCGUGAUAACAUCGAUAACAUUCAGAUUGUGUUCAGAGAGGAUUUUGGAACUGAAGGGCGUGGUGGCUAUUUUGACGAAUAUGGGAUCAUCCGUGAUAUCAUUCAAAACCAUUUGCUACAGGUCUUUUGCUUGGUUGCCAUGGAGAAACCAAUAUCUCUUAAGCCUGAGCAUAUUCGGGAUGAGAAAGUCAAGUUUCUGCAAUCAGUCUUACCAAUUAAGGAUGAAGAUGUAGUUCUUGGACAAUAUGAGGGCUACAAAGAUGACCCAACUGUUUCAAAGGACUCAAACACCCCAACCUUUGCAACUGCGGUUUUAAGGAUACACAAUGAAAGAUGGGAAGGGGUCCCUUUCAUCCUCAAAGCUGGAAAGGCACUUAAUUCAAGAAAAGCAGAAAUACGUGUGCAAUUUAAGGAUGUUCCUGGUGAUAUCUUUAAAUGUAAAAAGCAAGGGAGAAAUGAAUUUGUUAUUCGGUUGCAGCCUUCUGAAGCCAUGUAUAUGAAGCUCACAGUCAAGCAACCUGGAUUGGAAAUGUCCACAAUACAAAGUGAACUAGACCUGUCAUAUAGGCAGCGUUAUCAGGGGGUUACAAUUCCUGAGGCAUAUGAACGGCUAAUUCUUGACACGAUACGAGGGGAUCAGCAGCAUUUUGUUCGUAGGGACGAACUGAAGGUGGCUUGGGAGAUUUUCACUCCUCUGCUUCAUAGAAUUGAUGAUGGGGAACUGAAACCCAUUCCCUACAAACCAGGUAGCCGGGGCCCAAAGGAAGCUGACGAGUUGCUCUCUAGAGCAGGCUAUGUGCAAACCCAUGGCUACAUAUGGAUACCACCUACCCUAUAAUUAAAGGCAUCAACCUAUGUGCAAACUCGUGGCUACAUAUGGAUACCACCUACCCUAUAAUUAAAGGCAUCAACCACUAGAACAUAUUGUGAGGUUUGCUCAGCCUCAAGAACUAUGGCUUCCUUCUUAUGGUUUACUGAGAGUGGUGGUGCCUUUGGUAUGUUCAAUGUACAAUAGCUGGAGUAAUAAAGGUAUUUGGUGUGUGCUCUCUCCUUGUGCUAUUAAUUCUUUGGCUUUAGGAUGGCCUCCUAAUGCGUUGUAGUGUUCUCUCUCUAACUAAAAGAUUUGUUGUUAU